AGGGCGGGGUCGUCGUCGUCCGGGGUGGUGGUGGCCGCGACCGCGAGAGCGAAUCAAUUCUGCGUGCUGCCGAUAAAAGCCAAAGCGGCGGCGCCUUUCGACGGGGCGAGGAAAGUAAAAAAAAAAAAAGGAGAGAAGAAAAAAAAACAGGCUUUAGCUGAAGACACAAUAAAGGAACACCAAAAAAAUGGGUAAGAAAGGAAAUUGGUUCAGUGCUGUCAAGAAAGUCUUCAGCUCAUCCGAUCCAGAUGGGAGGGAAGCUAAGAUCGAGAAGGCGGACAAGUCGAGAUCCAGGAGGAAAUGGCCAUUUGGAAAGUCUAAGAAGUCUGAUCCUUGGACCUCAACAGUGGCAGUGCCUACCUCUACAGCACCGCCUCCACAGCCGCCACCGCCACCGCCAACACACCCUAUCCAGCCACAGCCUGAGGAGAUCAAAGAUGUCAAGGCUGUUGAAACUGACAGUGAACAGAACAAGCAUGCGUACUCUGUUGCACUUGCCUCUGCUGUUGCUGCAGAAGCUGCUGCCGUCGCUGCCCAGGCCGCUGCUGAGGUGGUCCGCCUCACAACAGCCACCACGGCUGUGCCGAAAUCGCCUGUUAGUUCAAAGGAUGAGCUUGCCGCUAUCAAGAUUCAGACUGCCUUCAGGGGUUAUCUGGCAAGAAGAGCGCUGCGAGCACUUAGAGGGCUAGUUAGAUUGAAGUCGCUGGUUGAUGGAAACGCCGUCAAACGACAAACUGCGCACACCUUGCAUUGCACACAAACCAUGACCAGAGUUCAAACUCAAAUAUACUCUAGAAGGGUGAAGAUGGAGGAGGAAAAACAGGCUCUUCAAAGGCAGCUACAAUUAAAGCAUCAGAGGGAACUUGAGAAAAUGAAGAUUGAUGAAGAUUGGGAUCAUAGCCAUCAGUCCAAGGAGCAGGUUGAGACCAGCCUAAUGAUGAAACAAGAAGCUGCGCUAAGGCGGGAAAGAGCUCUUGCCUAUGCAUUUUCUCACCAGUGGAAGAAUUCUGGCCGAACUAUAACACCUACCUUCACGGAUCAAGGGAAUCCUAACUGGGGAUGGAGCUGGAUGGAACGCUGGAUGACAUCAAGGCCUUGGGAGAGCCGAGUGAUAUCAGAUAAGGAUCCUAAGGACCAUUAUUCAACAAAGAAUCCCAGCACUAGCGCUUCUCGUACUUAUGUACCCCGCGCAAUCUCAAUCCAGAGACCUGCAACACCAAACAAGUCAAGCCGUCCACCAAGUCGGCAAUCGCCAUCAACUCCCCCGUCAAGGGUCCCCUCAGUUACCGGAAAGAUCAGACCAGCAAGUCCACGGGAUAGCUGGCUAUAUAAGGAGGAUGACUUGAGGAGCAUCACAAGCAUACGCUCUGAACGCCCAAGGAGGCAGAGCACAGGUGGUGCCUCUGUUCGGGAUGAUGCGAGCCUAACAAGCACACCAGCUCUCCCCAGCUACAUGCAGUCCACAGAGUCUGCAAGGGCGAAGUCUCGGUACCGCAGUCUAUUGACUGACAGGUUUGAGGUUCCUGAGAGAGUACCCCUGGUCCAUUCUUCAAUAAAGAAGCGCUUAUCCUUCCCAGUCGCAGACAAACCAAAUGGUGAGCAUGCAGAUAAGCUGAUGGAAAGAGGGAGGCGUCAUUCAGACCCUCCUAAGGUGGAUCCUGCCUCACUGAAGGAUGUUCCGGUUUCAUAAUUCAGUCAUAUUAUCAGAGCUUAUUAUUGUUAGGUUGCUUUUCUUCCUUUGUGUAUUUUCUAAUUUAGAUUGCAUUCUCGAGAGUCGAGGUUGAACCCUCCGUGAAAAUGUAUGAUUUGUCAGGGUUGAUUUGAGACAAUUCUAACUGUUUACAGGCAGUUUUUUUCCUGAUGAUUGUUGUGUGUGAAGAGUAAGAAAAAGAAAAUGAAGCGGUGGAAAAAAAUGGUGGUGUGUUCUAAUAUUGUGUGUGCUUCUCUUCCAAUGUACAAUACUCCAUGAACUAUGGGUUGACCUAUUAAUUGUAAGACAUGGGUUUUUCUGGUUAUGAAA